UGAUAUUUUAAGGAUGUUUCUUCCCAACUGCAAUACUUUAAGGAUGUAGUUGACCUUUAAAACACACUUUAGGGAUGUUUUCGUCAAAAGCUCAGUCGAAAGUCUUUUGAAAUUUCCCGGUGGCCUUGCUACCGGGCAGCAACUGUUCGGGUCAUUGGCUCAGCAAAAAUAGCGAAGAGAGCUGUACAAUUUUCUUCUCAUUCUCUUGUUGGAUAACCUUCUGAUUAAGGAUUUCAGGUCUAAACUGUUGGAAUAGAAUAUAGAUGCGGAGCAUCAAGGAUAAAUUAUCAACAAGGUUAAUGAAUGUUUGUGUAGCAUCUCUUUGUAAAGCCAAACAAUUGGAGAAAGCUGAAGUUGUUAUAGUUGAUGCCAAAAGAAUUGGAUUACAACCAGAUGUUGUCACUUACAACACAUUGAUUGCUGCAUAUUGCCGCUUUGUUGGCAUAGAUGCUGGUUAUUCCGUCCUUCAUAGAAUGAAAGAAGCUGGAAUUAAUCCUGAUGUUAUUACGUAUAAUUCUUUGAUUGCUGGAGCUACCAGAUAUUGCCUGUUAUCUCAAUGUCUUGAUCUGUUUGAUGAAAUGCUUGAGAUGAGUAUACUGCCUGAUAUUUGGAGUUACAACACAUUAAUGAAUUGUUUCUUUAAAUUGGGAAAGCCAGACGAAGCGUACAGGGUUUUUCAAGAUAUUCUUUUGAAAGAUAUUUCUCUUCCUUCAGCAACGUUCAAUAUUCUACUUAAUGGUCUGUGUAUGAAUGGAUAUACUGAGAAUGCCCUAAUGUUAUUUAGGAGUUUAAAGCGUCACGGUUUUAUUCCUCAGUUAGUAACGUACAACAUUCUUAUUCAUGGGUUGUGCAAGUCAGGACGAGGAAAAGCUGCAAGCAAGUUCCUCAACGAAUUGGUAGAAUCAGGUCAUAUCCCAAAUGCCAUCACUUAUACGACAGUAAUGAAAUGUUGCUUCAAAGAUAGACAAUUUGAAGAAGGCCUUAGAAUCUUCGCAGAGAUGAGAAAUAAAGGAUAUACGUAUGAUGCCUUUGCUUACUGUACAGUCGCAAGUAUGUUACUUAAAACUGGGAGGAUAACUGAGGCCAAUGAGUACCUGGGAUAUAUUAUUACUAGUGGCUUUAGCCUUGAUAUUGUUUCUUUUAAUACCAUUGUUAAUCUAUAUUGUAAGGAUGGUCAGAUGGAUAAUGCUUAUAAGUUGUUAUACGAGGCAGAAAAAGGAGGCUUGGAAUCUGACAAGUACACCCAUGCUAUCUUGAUUGACGGCUUGUGCAGGACUGGUAAUUUCCAAGAGGCCCAGCAACAAUUGAACCGUAUGAGUAUGACGGGUUUUGAUUCUAACUUGGUUGCGUGGAAUUCUUUUAUCAAUGGGAUGUGUAAAGCUGGUCACUUUGAUCAUGCUUUGCGGAUGUUUGAGUCAAUGGAUGCGAAAGAUUCUGUUACUUACUCUACCAUAGUCCGUGGGCUUUGCAAAGCUAGGAGGUUUCGUGCAGCAUCUAAGUUAUUACUAUCAUGUAUUAGAGGUGGCAUGAGUAUUCUAAAAACAGAUAAACGAAUUGUUAUUGAUGGUCUUCGUAGUUGUGGACUUACGCAUGAAGCAAGGAAGGUCCAGUCUAAAAUUCAACUGGCUAAGCUUCUGCAUUAUUAAUAACGGAUGGUGCUCAACUUUGCCACUGAAGUUUUAACCUUAACUGGUAAAAUUGCUGCCAUGUGACCAGGAGGUCACGGGUUCGAGCCGUGGAAACAGCCUCUUGCAGAAAUGCAAGGUAAGGCUGCGUACAAUAGACCCUUGUGGUCCGGCCCUUCCCCGGACCCCGCGCAUAGCGGGAGCUUAGUGCACCGGGCUGCCCUUUUUUUUAAUGCAACUGAGAAUACAACCUAUGUUAACCAGUUUUAAGUGGGUAGAAGUAUUCAAUCCUCUUGUAAGAGGCAAACCCAGUGGCGCACUGUCAAUUUUGAGCAGACAAAUGAUAGCUUUUGGAGAUUCUCUUCCAGAUGCAGAUGGCUCAAGCAUAAAAUUGACCAGGAAAUGUUGUAGGAAGUCUUUGCUCAACUUACAAGACACAGUUGCUCUAUCUCCCAGGGAAGAACUUCCAACGGGAGCUGCACAACCUAGUAUGAGUUCAUAUAGGCAUACCGAGGUCAAUGCUACUCUCUGGCUAUCUUUCACAAUAUGUUAGUUUAUACAUUAAAGUUGAGCUGUGGAUUUUACUAUUCUAACCAUCAGACAACAUUCUUCAGCCUGCUUGCUGUAGAAGAAAUGUUGACAAUUCAGGUGACGGUGCAACUGACAUCUGUCCAGGUAUGUGCAUCUUCCAAGACCCGGUUUAGCCAGAAAGUUAGCAUGAACUUUUCUACUGUUGUGGAAAAUGAAAAAUUAUGAAUAUAGCACUUCAUGAAUCAAGUGGAUCUUUUUUCAGUUUGACAUGGAUAAAGAAUGCAUCUAAAGAACCAGAAUUGGUGCACAGAUUUUUUGUCACUGGGGACUUUUGAGAGGGUGGCCCCUGGGUCGACGACGGAUACAAUCAUGUUCAGUCCAAAUAUGUGUCGACUUUUCUUUCGGAGGGUAUCUUCUGUUCUGAAGCUUAGACACUGACAUUAAACCCCUUCUAUUUGAUUUCUUGUAUAUGGUAUGUUCUCUCCUAACGUGGAUCUUCGAAACUCUAAUCAAUAAAAAAAUCUGCUUUAGAAACUUGAAAGGGUGAUGAAUUUGAGGCAAAAAAUACUACUAGGUGAUUUUUUCCAUCUGUUGAAGCCUUGGUGGACAGAGUUAUUCAGUACAUGCGCAGGAGGUAGCAGGUUUUUUGUGGAAUAAUCGAAGUGCGAGCAAGCUUGAUUCGGACACCACCCUCAUAAUAAAUCAAAAAAUGAAAGGUGACUCCUGCCUGCUGGUGGGAUGGUUUCUACUUUAGAUAUCACUUCUUGUGCUAGUGAAUUUAAAAGUUAAGGUUAAUGAGUGGUGAAUUGCAAAAGAAUGGGAUAGAUCAAUGAAGAAUGACAUCAGCUAUUGACCAAAGUGAAGAAAACGGUAGGAAAAAAGGUAGAGGGCCGGUCCAGGGCCAAGGAAAUGCAAAGGUAUUUUGGCAGAAUGCGGAAACAAGAGUCAUGUAAAUUAGUACUAGUAGUAGUUGCUCAUCUUGACAUAACGACGUGCCACUGCUAUGGCUUUAGGUAUGGAAGGCGACUGAUUGUUCUGCCCAUUAUUAUUCUGCAUAUACAAUGAGGUGAUUGUGGUGGUCCAUUACUUUCCCUGUUCUCCUUUCACCUUUUCCUGAAAUUUGCCUUUGCCUUCCCUUCUUUUCUCUCUCUUUUUCCUUUUCCUUUCCUUUUCAAAAUCUUUCUAUAUUUUAUCUUACCUUUAGCUCAGAUGUCUAUAUCAAAUCAAUAAAUGUAAGACGUGCAUUUUUAUAUAUACAUUUAUCGUUUCACCGCAGUUAAGUGAUAUGUACUUUUAUGUUAAUUUGUAUUGCUAAGGUUAAAUUAAUUGU